UGACACUGCAGACGAAGAGGCCCAGGCUCAGCUUUUCUACACGCGCGAUUAAGCACGUGGCAGCCAGUCCCGUUCCUCAUGAAAUGUGAAUGCAGAAGCAGUGUCUCGAAUUCUUCAAUUGACUGUUAGUUGGAUUCCGCUGCUCGCCAAUGAUGAAUUACUGUAGAAUUAACAUUUCCCAGUAGCCAAGCGGACAAUCAAAAUCAAUGGUCCAUUCUCAAGGUUUGCGUUUUCUAUCAGGCAUUCUGUGGACAUGAAAGAAAGGAAUACUACUUCAACGCUUAAGCGCAUUUUAGUCAACUGUACUGUCCAGGCAAAAGAUUAUGGAAGUUGUGUUGCAGCAAGGGUUCCAGAAAUUGAGCGUGAUAUGUGCUUGAAAGAAUUUCUCGCACUGAAGAAUUGCAUGCAGAAUACGAUACGAGGAAAGGCUUAGGCAUUUGUCAUUGUUAUUUUAGGCAUCUACUGAAGUAAGCACCAUUUUAGCCUCUCAGCGUGUAGUGGGGAAUACAUUGCAUAUGACUCUGGCUCAGGAUUGCUCAAUUCAGUGCUAGCCAUAUACUCUGUCUAAAUCUCAAGCUUGAGAGGCAAAGAACUUAGGAAUGUCUGGGAAAGCAUCAAGUUCACAGCUUACUGUUGGUUUUAGUGGGUCUGGUGGGCUAUCACAUGUUUAUAUUCAAUCUCCACCUUUGCGAUGUAGCAUUCCGGGGUCAAGGGGUUUAUAUUAUGAUGAUGGGAGUAAGUUGCUACUUGCCCCAACGGCUAAUGAGGUGUUUUCUUGGAAGACCGUUCCUUUUGAUCCUUGUGUUGCUCCUACAUCUGAUUCAAUAACUGAAGGGCCAAUCUUAUCUAUUCGAUAUUCUUUAGACACAAAGCUAAUAGCAAUCCAACGGUCUAGUCAAGAGAUACAGAUUUGGCAUAGAGAAACUGGUGAAACUUUCAGUCACAAGUGCAGGGCAGAGUCAGAGAGUAUACUAGGAUUCUUUUGGACUGACUGUCCACUGUGUGAUUUAGUACUUGUGAAAACGAGUGGGCUCGAUUUACUUGCCUAUGAUCACGAGUCAAAAUUGCUCGACUUGGUGGAGACAAGGAAACUGAAUGUCAGUUGGUAUAUCUAUACACAUGAGAGUCGCUUGGUUCUUCUUGCUUCAGGAAUGCAAUGCAAGACAAUCACUGGAUUUCAGCUUUCAUCUGCAGGUAUUGUUCGCUUGCCAAAAUUUGAAAUGGCAACGGCCAAGUCUGAGGCUAACAGUAAACCUGUCCUAGAUGCUGAAGAUAUCCAUAUUGUGACUGUCUAUGGGAGGAUAUACUGUUUGCAAGUUGAUAGGAUAGCAAUGCUACUUCACUCAUAUCGGUUUUAUCGCGAUGCUGUUGUACAACAGGGUUCCUUGCCAAUAUAUUCAAGCAAGAUUGCUGUGAGUGUAGUCGAUAAUGUACUGCUCAUUCAUCAAGUGGAUGCAAAGGUUGUUAUACUCUAUGACAUAUUUGCCGACUCUCGAGCACCCAUAUCUGCUCCACUUCCUCUACUGUUUAGAGGUUUCCCUAGGUCAAAUGUUCCUUACUCUCGAUCUAGUAGCAAAGAUAGUGAAAGUGCAGAGGCCAAUACAAGUGAUCAUGAAACAACCAUUUAUGGAGAUGACUGGACAUUUUUAGUUCCUGACCUAAUAUGUGAUGUUGCCAGUAAUUUGUUGUGGAAGAUUCAUCUAGACUUAGAGGCAAUUUCUGCCAGUAGCUCUGAAGUUCCUUCAGUACUAGAGUUCCUGCAGCGACGGAAGUUGGAAGCUAACAAGGCUAAACAGUUGUGCCUGGCAAUAACACGUACCAUCAUCUUGGAAAGGAGACCAGUGUCCAUGGUUGCCAGGGCAAUAGAUGUCCUUGUUUCUAAUUACUCUUACUCAAUCAAAACAGGAAGCUAUCUCAAGGGAGUAAAAGUGGAGAGGACUUCAGCUUCCAGCAGGGCACAUAUAAGUAGUUCCACUCCCAGUGCCACUUUAUCUGCGAGUGGGAUUGAUAUACUUGGAAAAUCAAACCAACAUACACCUACUGUUGGUGUUGAGAAUGAAUCAGUCAAUAAGUCUCCAAAUAUUUCUACUUCAGACUCGGAAAGUGAAGCACAUUCUGAAUCACUCAAAACCACCAUGAGUGGUCUUCAGAAGGUGUACGGGGAGACCUUAUUGGGUGCUAAAAAUGCUAGCUCCGAAGUCCAGCCAUCAUCUUCUCAACCUCAUCGUCCUGGACCGAGAAACAACCCUCUAAAUGCUAAUGUUUCUGAGUGGCAGGAAUUGCAACUUGCUUCACCAGCAAUUUCACCUGAUGAGAUGUAUAGCUUUGUUUUUGCUCCAGUUGAAGAAGAGAUGGUGGGAGAUCCGUCUUACUUGGUUGCCAUCAUUAUUGAAUUCCUCCGCAGCACAAAUUUGGAAAAGAUUAAAGCUCAUCCAAACAUCUAUGUGUUGACGAUACAAGUUUUAGCCCGCAAUGAGCGAUAUAUGGAACUUACAUUGUUUGUCAUAAACAAGGUUCUUGAGCCCUCAAAAGAAGUAGCAAUGCAGCUUCUAGAGUCAGGCCGUCAGAAUAGCCAAAUCAGGAAGCUGGGUCUGGAUAUGCUGAGACAUCUCUCUUUACAUCAUGACUAUGUAGUGCUGCUAGUGCAAGAUGGAUAUUAUCUUGAAGCCUUGCGUUAUGCAAGGAAGCAUAAGGUCAGUACUGUCCGGCCUUCAUUGUUUCUCGAAGCUGCUUUGACUUCCAAUGAUUCUCAGCUUCUUGCAGCUGUCCUGAGAUUCUUUUCAGACUUCAUUCCUGGAUUUGGAAACACAUCAGAUCACCACAAAUAUUACCGUAUUCUCAAUGAGAUGAACUCAGCCAUAGCUACUUGAAAGUCAUUCAGACAUCUGAUUAUGACUUUUUUGAGUAUGAGAACUAGCAAUAUCUAGGUUCAGAAAAUGAGAGACUUAAUUUUUCUGUUCAUGUCUCAAACAAAAGAGACAAAAAGGUAAUUAGUUUUUAACCGACAUGUUUCCUCUGGUCUGGGCACUAAGACCAGUUGAACUGUUUCAUAAUUUAAAUAGUUUUAACUAUUUUGAGAAAGAUGAGUAAAAGUGCAAACUUUUGAUAUGCAUUACACAAUAUUUAGACCUAGAAAA